GCUCCGUUGCUAUGGAGAGCAGUUCCACAGGAGCGCGAGCCGAACCAUCCUGAAAGAGAGAGAAGGCACGAGCGAGGAGAAAGGAGGACAUACUGAAAGUGCCGAAACGCACAGACACACGGAGAAACCAUGGAGACUAGACCCACGAACCGGAGGACAGUACCGAAUGACGGAAUGCGACUUUUAACGUCCUUUUUCAUCCUGUGCGGAGCCGCCGCAGGUGUAAGCAGUAACCAGGUGGUCGUCCCUGACAAAGUGAACGCGGUGCUGGGGAAGAACAUCACGCUUGGCUGCAGGAUCCUGGUGGAGCCCAACCUGAGUCUGACUCAGGUCUCCUGGGAACGCCGUCUUCCAUCGGGUCCCAUCACCUUGGCAGUGUUCAACCCCGAGUACGGAACCUCGUACGCCCCGGAAUACGGCAAGCGCAUCUCGUUUGUUUCCCCGUCCAUACGGGAUGCCACUAUCAUCAUCGAAGGAGUUGGUUUUGCUGAUAUCGGGUCAUACACCUGCAAAGUGGCGACUUUUCCUCUGGGCAACACACAAGCGUCGACCUUUGUUAACGUUUCAGUGGAGCCCAAGGUGUACGUGUCUGCAGGCCCCGCGGCUCUCCUUGACGGCGGGGACGAGGCGCUGGUGGCCACCUGCAUCGCGGAGCGCGGGCGGCCCGCCGCUGAGGUGUUCUGGGAGGCCGAGCUGUACGGGCGAUCUGAGAAGCAAACUCAGGAGGAAGUCAACGGCACCACCACGGUGCGCAUCAACUACAUGUGGAAGCCCCAGAGCUACGCCCAGGGAAAGAUGCUCACCUGUGUGGUGCGCCACCCAACUCUGCAGACAGAGUUCCGCAUACGCUACAAGCUGAAUGUGCAGUUUGCACCAAAUAUAUCCAUACAAGGAAUUGAUAAAAUCUGGUAUGUGGGUCAAACAAACGUGAGAAUCACCUGCACAGCCAAAGCCAACCCUCCUGCCCAUGACUACAAAUGGAUCAGGUUGGAUGGAGCCAUGCCGGAGGGUGUUAAGAUUUCAAAUAACAGCCUUUCUUUCACACGCCCGCUAGAGCGCAAUGAUUCUGCAAUCUAUCGCUGCGAGGUGACUAAUGACAUUGAUCGCAGCACUCACAAUGUCAACUUCUGGGUUCAAGAUCCCCCCCCCACCACUGCGGCCCCCAGUACCACCGCCUCCCCCAUCCGCUACGCGUCCGGAACCGGAACAGACAUGGACCGCCGCCGAGCCCUGUUCACCUCCCCCACCCUGGCCUCGGUCCACGACAGCAGCCUGGGCACCAUAAUCGGCGGGGCAGUGGGCGGCGUUCUCUUCCUGGUCCUCCUGCUCAUCCUCGGGGGCGCUUGUUUUAUGCGCCAGCGCAGGACCUUCAGAGGGGACUACUACACCAAGCAGUACCUGGGACCCUCCGACAUGCAGAAGGAGUCUCAGAUAGACGUCCUACAGCCGCACGAGCUGCAGGAGGUUUACGGGGACAAGACGAGCAAGGGCAGCCAGGAGCUGAAACCCAAACUGGGCGGGGACAUCAUUUACCCCGACUACACUCCGGAGCGGAAGGACAGGGACGACUGGAACGACAGGGGGGAUGGCCCCAGGGUCACGAAGGAGGGGAACUAUUACCCAGAUCACUACAACAACCAAAACAUGCACCCCUGCGGGCCUCCCGUGCACAGCCCCAUUGUUAACAAUGGCUCCCCCUACCUUCCGGAGGACUGCUACGAAAACGGUACAGACAGCGACUACGUGUCGCACAUGGACGGAUCUGUGAUUUCACGCAGAGAGUGGUAUGUGUGAGGACAACUAGGGACAAAACGGCGAACAUCCAAAUGGGAUUAAGUCAACAAGUGACAGACUUCAAAGGAUGCAUCGAUUUAUUUAAGAAGCAGAAAUUAAAUUUAUAAGCUUUUCAUAUUGAGCUUCUUGAAUGGUUUUGCUCCGCCUUGAUUGUAACCACUUAACCUUACGGAUGUUUUCUGGGGAUUGUACUUCCGAGUUUGUAGCGAUGAGCUGCAACGAAGCUGGAACGCCUCAAAAGAUAUGACCUGUUUCUGCUUUGGCCUACGGUGACGUGUCAAAUCAAUGUGAACGAGGUUUUGUUGCCCUCUGGUUUGUGUUUGCACCUGUUUCGUACACGGUCGGCUGUUCCACGCCCUCGUUGGCCAAGUAUUUAUUCCGCAGACCGAACGGGCUUUGCUCUCCUGAAGCCUCACAACUUCUGCCGCGUCUAGAAAAACUAUCUCAUGAGAGUUCGUUGUGCAUUUUCACACACAAGUGAAGAGUUUAUUAUGGCUGAAACCAGUAUUUAAAGCAAAUUAUAUUGCAUGCUUUCUAAAAAACAAAGGUAUCAUUAAGUGAAAGGGAAGUUUACAAGAUGAAAAGGGAGACUUGCUGGCGCGUCGUACAAAGGGUGAAGCAAAGCAAUGGAUCUCAGUAUGUAGCGGUGUAGGCAUGGGCCGGUAUGAGAGUCUCAGGGUUUCCUAACUGGAAGAAAAAAAAAAUACUAACAAAAUGCUAUUUAUUCAGAAAAGUAAAUUAUAUGAUUGCUUUCAUUUAAAAACAAAAAGCAAACAUUUUUGUAAUUUAGUGGUAAAAAUUUAACCUCCGUUUUCUGUAAAAAAUUAUUUGUUUAUUUAUUUAUUUUUUUACAUAUUUAUUCAAAGUGUUGCUAUGUCGUGACAGUAUAACAUGAGACAGAUAAUCUUUAAAAAAUGUUGGCCCCUCCCAGUCGUCCUACUGCCAUCUGCAGAAGAGCAAGGGGGAGAAUGUGAGCAGCGUAUACAAAGGCUUGAUUCACUGCGCUAAGACCCUCCUCCUGGCUCCGAUUGGCUGAGUGGGAGCGGUGUGUUUCUGCAGAUGGCUGUAGGACCACAAGGAGGUUGUGGAGGAGCUUGAUGUUUUCAUAGAUUAUCUGUGUUAGGACACAGUAGCAGUUUGAACAAAUGUAAAAAAAACAUUUUUUUUUUUAUGAAAGUGACAUUCUGCAGCUUUAAUACAAGAGGUGGCACUCAGUUUCCUUUAAAUGAGGGAAAAGCGUUGGAGUUUUUUUUUCAGCCAGCUGACUGGUAGGGCUUAGCAACAAGUGCACUAGGCUGCCCCUCCUGCACUUGUUGCUAAGCCCUACCAGUGCUGUGCUCUCUUUCUUUCUCUGGCAUCGUUUUGAAAAGGCUUUAAACAGAUUUUUUUUUUGUCAUUUUAAAGUUAUUUUUAGAACCCUGUUCCGCCCUGAUCGCGGUACCAGCCCAUGCCUAGCACACACCCUGACUAACAUGAACAAUGUUUGGUAUCAUAACUCAGUCAUAAGCCGUUCACCAUGUCACCUACACACUUAAGAGAUCAGACACUGUGGAAAACACCUUUAUUGUGUCAGCUGCUCCCAAAACUUUAACACCCACAAUUGUCAUAGCAACAGCAUUUUUUAUUUUUUUCUGGUAGUGCUUUUUUUAUUUCUUUAGUUCAAAAGAAGUGUGAAAAUCUCAGGUUGCUCUUUGAAGCAGUUUAUUAAAAAUAAGUUCUGCCACCAGAAUCUGACUUUAAGUGUGUCAGACGGUCAAACCCUCUCAGUCUGUGGAGACGUCACUGGCAGCUCCUCCUGGUCCUCCAGCUCCUCCUGGUCCUCCAGCUCCUCCUGGUCCUCCAGCUCCUCCUGGUCCUCCAGCUUCCUCUCGUUGUCGCUUCUUCGAAAAACUCAAACGGAUAAGCUGAUGAAAAAGUGAUGAUAGCAAGCGUCGACUGUGCCUGACUUUACGCAGAAUAAUCAAUUUUGUUUCAAUCUUCGCUCUGCCUGAACACUUAUCAGCUUCGGCUUUGUUUUUUUGUUGUUGUUUUUCUACCUUAGAAAUCACAAGCACAUAUCUGCCAGAAGCUCUUGUUAUUUUGACUAAGUACAGGAGACAGAAGAGUUUUGACCUGGUUCUAAAAGAUUUGACUUAGGGAAAGUCAAAUCUGUUAAUUAUUGUCUAUUUUGUUUUCUUCAGUAGCCAUACUUUGGAAGUGCUUUAUUCACUGAAAGUGUCAGUGAACUCAUUCAGACUAUUGUCUGGUUUCGAUCAUUUGCUCUCAGUAUUUUCAGCCGCCCCAAUAUUUACAACAGACUCUCCUAUCAGAUGAACACCGACAUGGUUUAAACUGCAGAUUGUGAUUCCCACAUGCUGUUUUCGAAAACUUCCACAAGCCAGUGCAGAUUGAGAACUAAGAAGAUUUAGUUCACAUAAUAGUUUUCAAAAUACUUCCUUGUUCCUCAGCCAUUAGUUAUUUAUGUUUGGGAUCAGUAGUGAUGUAACAUGUGAGAGAGCUACAAUAAUAUUACACUAGGGAUGCACCAUAAAUCGGCACUAGCAUCAGUUACCAGCCAUAACAAUAUUAAUAUUGAAUGUAGGCCCAAAUUGUUGUACCUGUGCAUCCCUUUAAAGACAGUUUACUAAAAAAAUUUGAAAAUAAAAAUAAAAUAGUCGUAGAUUUCUCUUUGGCAUCUUAGUGCCUUUAGUACUAAUAGGAUCAGUCUGGGAUCCUAUUCAAAAGAAUUUAAAUCCUUACAUUUUGUCCGAGACUUCCAGAAAACAUUUCCAAAUUCAACAUUUUCGAUAACAUUAAAAACUCCAAAGAACCAAUCAGAGCGCCUGUGGUGUGUUCUCUUCAGCCGUCUUCCUGUCACUUUAAAAUGAUUCCCUGGUUCCUAUAACUCCGUUCUGCCGCUGUCUUCACUUUCAAACACCUAGUUGAUGCUGAAAAUAGCUUCCCAGCUCUGCCUUACUCACUAAGAACGUCCACACCAAAGAGUGUUGUCAGCACAUCUAAGCUCACCCAUCGGAAAAACACAGUUUUUCUUUUGAAAGUCGGCUGAUCACAGGGUUAUUCAAGCAGAAAAUGAUCUCAUUCUGGGAACCAGCAAAUCUUUCUGUGCAAACUGAUGAAAUGAUGUUUGAUCAUAUGUGGGGAUCUGGUAAUAAGACAUCAGAUCUGAAUCCACAACACUAAAUCCAAAUCCAAACUGUUACACAGCGGUGGCUGUUAUAGAAACGCCACCAAUCUCAAGUUGUGUAAAACUGAGGUUUGAUAGUAACUGAAACCAAAUCUACUGAUAUGGUUAUUGACAUAAGAUCAUGCAGUCAUAAAAAAAAGCGCAGCUCUGUUAUUAAACUUCUCAGUAAGUUUCAGAACCGCCCCUGUUUCCCUGCUGAGGCCUGAUACCUCUUUUCCGUUUUCCCUCCUGAAUAUUUUCUGAUUUCUGUCUCUCAGACCAACUGGCCAUUAAAGUUUUGUUUUUUGGGGUUUCUUUUUUACAACUGCAGAUCAAAGGAAUCUGUUAUAAAUACCAGAUGCGAGUGAUACGGCUGUCAUCAUCUGACAUUAUGUGGGCUGCGUAAACCACCAGCAGUUCUGCUGCUGCUGCUCGUCGCGGCUCAGGAUCUCCAACUCGCAGCAAAAAGAGAGGCAGAAGCGGCAAACGGAUCCCUGGGAGUUCUUAGUUUUGUUUGAAAACAGGAUUAUUGAGAUGUGAGCAGCUGACGUCACUGCAGAGCAUGCCGUAAUGUUGGGGUUUGGCUCCUCUCGAGGAUGUGGAGCGGCCAUGGAAACAAGAAACUUAAUCUGCGAGUUAAAAAAAAAAAGAGAGAGAAAUUUGAAGCGUGGAGGUCAGGGAUGUAUGUGUAAUGGCUCCCUGUGGAAGAGAUACAUGUUUCUUUCCCCACAAGCAGCAUUUCUUGUGAAACUAAGUUGAAACAAAAGAGCUGACAUCAUCAGCGAUCUCAUCCUUUCCUGCUUGGUUCGUCCCGACACUGUUCCACUCAAAGCUUUAGCUUUGUUUCCUCAGGAUUGAUACAGAGAUCAGUGGCCUUUGCCAAGUCUCACCGCAACCAAGCAGAAAGGAAAGUCUUUCUUUUGCCAAACAAGUGUUGGUAUCAGACAAGAGCAAAACACAGCUAUCCAAAACAAUCUGGUUCUUUCUGACAAUGAACUUUCACCCUUUAAGUCACAAAUUACCUGCCAGAGCUGCAGAGUCAUGAAAUCACUUUAAUAGAACCUGUUUGACACCAUGAACUGGUCUAAGAUUGAAUGAGAAACAAUUUCACUGAGAUCUAUCAGCCUUGAAAAAGUGACAGUCAUGUCUAAGGCUUUGGGACUCCAGCUAACUAUGCUAUCACAUAUGGAGGUGACAUGGAACAAUGGUGAACCUUCCCGAAUAACUUUUAAAGUUAUCCAGGCCUCAGUAAACUCACUUAAUGUGAGCGUUCAUGAUUUCAUCAUAACAAUCAAACGGAGUAAAAAUGACUUUCACGAGAGCUGAAAAGAACCCUAAACCCUCUCUCACAUUAGAAUAAUACAGUCACCUUCCUAAAAUAAAGGUCUGUGUCAUUUUUUGACAUAAGUGUUUUUUUGGGCUUGCCUAAAUAAUUUUUUGACAAAACCAGGCAGUGAUUUGACUUGGGCCGUUAUUUUAGGAAGGUGACAAAAUGAUAAAACCAAAGACUUUUAGAAGGAUAUUCUGUGAGCUGGCUAAAUAAAAGUGGAGCUUCAUGGAGGAUGUGGAUCCUGUUACUUCUGUUGUUAAACGAAUAAAAAGCUUCAUAAAACAACAAGCAGCCCUCAGAUGUUUGUAGUGGGACGUUCAGGUACAGCCCUUGCUGCUUCAGGACCUGACCGUCUUACUGAGUUUGAUUGAACCAUGAACCGAGCACAACAGCUCAAGGCAAAUGUUAGCGACAGUUAGCGACCCUAAUAAUCAAUGGAACUUUAUGCAGAAGAAAAAUAAUUAGCAAAAUUAAUACAAAAACCACAAAAGCAAGUCCACCUCUAAAUGGCACAAAGCAACAAAUCAAGUGAAGUUUUUUUGGAACUUCAUGCCCUGAUCACAUUCUGGUCUUUAAUUCAAUUGAGAUGUUGUGAUAUUAACUUAACUCUCCCGCGGUCGUACGAGACAAGGUCCAUCAAAACCCUGCAAGUUUUUUACCCUUUGCGCGGCUUAGCGGGGUAGCGCUGACCCUGGGUUUUAUUCAUGUGUGGUUUCGGGAACUGACUAUCUGACCGGACAACCCUCCCCAACUCACCCCGCUGUACGACCGUGGCGUGCUCCUCCUGGGCAUGGCGGUAAGACAUGAGACCGCAGGUGGAGGGUUAAGUAGCCCAUUUGUGCUCUAACGCCAUAUGGGGCGGCCAAGUUAAAAACAAACCUGCAAAGAAGAGUGGACCAAAAUGACUCUAGAGGCGACGUGAAAGACUUACCGCUGGUUGCUGCCAAACGUUCUUGAAGCCAAAAGCAGCUCUUAAGUUUAAUAGGCAAUUCCAAUUUCUGAUUAUAUAAAUAAAAUUACUUGUACAGAAAAUGGAUGGAUGGCUGGAUUAUUAUUAUUGAUCUUAUCUUAGUCGGAUAUAAAAAUUUGUUUGAUUGAGACACUUUUAAUUUGACCAAACGAAGCUAAAACCAGAAGGCGUACAGUACAUCGUAACGGAUUCAGGUUGAGGCCUUCGUUUUUGUCGGGGGGUGUUGGGGGAUUUGAAAGAUUUCCGGCGCACGUCUCCACCCCUGGUUUUCUCGUGGAACGGCUCCGGGUCGAAGGGUUUAGAUGUCUCAGAAUAAACUGCUUUAAUCAAGGCUCUCACUCGCGCCGUCGCCACACAUCUGCCACUGCGGCCCCACAUGGAAGGAGCCGUCCUCACCUCAAAACCUUCAGCUUUUUAAUCAGCUUUUAUGCCCUUCUGCCUCGGUUUGGGUUUUAAAGCAACACUGAUUUAAUGGAUGAUUUUUCUUUUUAAUUUUUUUUGUUUGUUUUCCCUUUUUGUGUGUUUUUCGGUUUCUUGCUCACCAACUGGUUGCAUGUGCAGCUACUUGCUGCCAGUUCCAUCACUAAUGUUUAUAUUACAUGUACAUAUUAGGUCUAGUAUUGGCGUGGGAUUAGUUGUUCUCUGUCGUUCUGGGUUUGUUCUGGACUCCCUUACUGAAUAGCUGGUGCCUUAAGUGGGCUGAGCAAUGCACAGAAACUUUAAAAGCUGACAGAUACUGAAAGCAUUAAUGUAAAGAUUAUUAUUAUUAUUCAAAAGACGGCAGAUGUGCCUUUUUUUUUAAUACGUAUGCCAACUUUCAUAUUUAAGAUUUGCUGUUGCCAAGGCAGCAGAGUUGACAAAAGGUUUGUUAUCAUGCCUUACAGAGUUUAAAAAGGACACAUGUAACAAGUUGGUUACUGGGAAAAUUGUAAUAAAGCAAUGUUUCACUGGGAAUUUUGGCGAGCCAGGUUCAUAGAAAAUAUUAUUUUCCUGUAAAUAUGCUGGCUUUUUUAUUAUUAUUAUUAUUUUUAUUAUUAUUGAAGAAAAAUCUUAUUUUUUUUGUAUGAGGUCGGUAAUUUUCACAGACUAUUAGUUAUCUUACGAGCUUUCAGCGGGCUCCUGCCAAGAGACCCGGUUUUCACUGCAUUUUGUAUGGAGAGUCGCUGAUCAACUGUUUUGUACGGCGUUCUGCGAAUGAUUGAGGUCUCACAGGAAUCAAGAGACGAGCGGGUGGCAGAUUUUCUCUUCUGUUCUUUCGUUUGCAAUAAAAACGUCAUCGUUUUCA